AUGGCGCGACAGGAGUGUCAAGGUAGCCUCGACACAUCCGGGCUAUGCGGGUUUUGCCGCAAAAUUGAUUUCAACGGACUAUUGGGCUUGAGUCCCCAUCAUGUUCAGUGGAAGGGGUUCGAUGCGCGUAACAAGCUUGAUGAGAUAGUCGAUCCUCUUCACAACUAUAGAGUUCUGGACCUAGACCGUCUGCGACAUGCUCCUCAUCUCGUGUCAUACUGCGACUUCUGUCGUUUUCUUGAGGCCUUGCGACCGCUCAAUAAUAAAACAGAUGCUCUUCAUCGCCAGGGAAUUACCGUAAAGGAUAAGAAAGCGAAAGCAUACUCAUUAUAUGCAUUCUGUCCCCGCGAGGUUUAUCGGCUCCCUCAGAGCGUCUCACAUCCUCGCCUGCUCGCAGUCUUGCCCACAAAGGCUAAAAGGGUGCCAGAUGCAGAGUUUGGCCCAGCUGAAAGGGUCACGUAUAUCUUGCCUGUCACAAAAGGUGCUGACAACUUCUCCGGGCGACUGAUUCGCGAGCGAUUUGAUAUAUCAAUAGCCAGACGGUGGCUUAGGUCUUGCAACAAUAAUCACCAGGACUAUUGUGUUCGCAGUUCUAUACCCUUCAUACCCGGGUUUAGGGUUAUUGAUUGUCAAGAGCGUCGCAUCAUUUCAUAUGAUUUCAACUCCCCACAACCGUUCGUCGCACUCAGUUACAAAUGGGGAAGCGCACCUGGAGUUGAGGCACAAACAUUGUCUCUGCCCGAAUUCCUCCCAGCAACAAUUGCUGACGCGAUAUAUGUGACAAUGCGCCUUGGAUAUAACUAUCUUUGGGUCGAUCGGUACUGCAUCAGCCAGAAGGAUCAAAAUGUCAAGCAUAUCCAGAUCCAGCGUAUGAACUUGGUCUAUAAGCAUGCAGUUUUGACUAUCGUCGCAGCCACCGGCGAGGACGCAACAACUGGGCUUUAUGGUGUGCGUCCAAGGAAGAAGAAUGUACAGCAUUCAAUCAAGCUAGGCAAUGUCCAUCUGGUUGCAACUAUGGAUCCAGUAAAGGACAUCUCAGAAUCUCCCUUUAACUCGCGUGGUUGGACUUUUCAAGAAGGUCUUUUGUCUAACAGACGAUUGAUAUUUGGCUCACGGCAGGUUUACUUUCAGUGCCAAGCGAUGCAUUGCUUGGAAUCAAUCAAGUUCCCCUUGAACUCGGUGCCAGUCUACACUAGAUGGGGACCGAGGUUCGGCAAGGUCUUUCCCACCGAGGAGAUUUAUGAUGGUCUUGAUUCGUUCUACCAACGAUUAAACGACUAUUUGACCAGAUCACUUUCAUACGAAUCAGACACCCUCAACGCUUUCAACGGUAUCCUCAAAGAGUUUGAGACGGGCCCUGAAAACACGAGACUGUUUUCAUUUAUUGGUCUACCAAUAUCAUCUAAGCAGGGCGAGAUGACGAAAUGGCUGCUCCGAGUCAUGCAUAUACCGGCAUCCCUGAAAGGCUUGCAGCGUCGCACAUCUUUCCCUAGCUGGCCGUGGGCAGGCUGGAAGUCACAAACAGAGGCUAAACUUUUGACACAGUAUGACACCCAGCUACAGCUUGGAAACAUUUACGGCAUGUGCUCUUUCCCGGUAGUGAAUGUUACAGUCGACUUCGGUCGAUAUGGGGCUUUCGACUGGGACCGAUCCUGGUGGGAAAUUAUACAAGUUGCAAACUAUGAAAGCAGACAGCUGCGCUUGAUAGUAGAGGGGUGGUUCCUGGACUUUGAAAUACUACACAAAGAUGGUUCACUGAUAUGCGACGACUAUUCGAAUGAGCCGUUCGCCCAGGAGUUGGUAUUGGGCAUUUUGAGCGAUCGUGCGACUAUUAGCAACAUACUCUCGCGGAUUCAAAUAACAUCUCCACCUGCAUGGGAAAAUCAGGGGAAGUACUCCUUUAGCUGGAUGCCCAUGCUAGCCGACUUGACAGCAACUUUCGCGGAGACAUUUAUUCUCAUCAAGUGUGACAAUGGCAGUCAUGAAUGCGUUAUUAGACGUUUGGAGGCUUGCCCUGUGGUUGCUCCUAUUAAGGCGGCCUUUGACUUGCCGUAUCCAUUCAAGUAUGAUAGAUUAUGGUUGGGUUGA